AUGGGGGCCUGUGUCGUGAUGACCGAUAUAAACAUCUCGUCUGGCCUUGACAGCAACGUCACGGGCAUCACAGCCUUCUCCAUGCCCGGCUGGCAGCUGGCACUGUGGACCGCAGCCUACCUGGCCCUGGUGCUGGUGGCUGUGAUGGGUAAUGCCACAGUCAUCUGGAUCAUUCUGGCCCAUCAGAGGAUGCGCACAGUCACCAACUAUUUCAUCGUCAACCUGGCCCUGGCCGACCUCUGCAUGGCUGCCUUCAACGCUGCCUUCAACUUCGUCUACGCCAGCCACAACAUCUGGUACUUUGGCCUUGCCUUCUGCUACUUCCAGAACCUCUUCCCCAUCACAGCCAUGUUCGUCAGUAUCUACUCCAUGACUGCCAUUGCUGCUGACAGGUACAUGGCCAUCGUCCACCCCUUCCAGCCCCGGCUCUCAGCUCCUGGCACCAGAGCGGUCAUUGCUGGCAUCUGGCUGGUGGCCCUGGCCCUCGCCUUCCCCCAGUGCUUCUACUCCACCAUCACCAUGGAUGAGGGCGCCACCAAGUGCGUGGUGGCCUGGCCUGAAGACAGUGGUGGCAAGAUGCUCCUUCUGUACCAUCUCGUAGUGAUCGCCCUCAUUUACUUCCUGCCUCUCGUGGUGAUGUUCGUCGCCUACAGUGUCAUCGGACUCACGCUCUGGAGACGCUCUGUCCCGGGGCACCAGGCUCAUGGUGCCAACUUGCGCCACCUGCAGGCCAAGAAGAAGUUCGUGAAGACCAUGGUGCUGGUGGUGGUGACAUUUGCCAUCUGCUGGCUGCCCUACCACCUCUACUUCAUCCUGGGCACCUUCCAAGAGGACAUCUACUGCCACAAGUUCAUCCAGCAGGUCUACCUGGCGCUCUUCUGGCUGGCCAUGAGCUCCACCAUGUACAAUCCCAUCAUCUACUGCUGCCUCAACCACAGGUUUCGCUCUGGAUUCCGGCUUGCUUUCCGUUGCUGUCCAUGGGUCACGCCAACCGAGGAGGACAAGAUGGAGCUGACCCACACUCCAUCCCUCUCCACGAGGGUCAACAGGUGUCACACUAAAGAGAUUUUUUUCAUGUCUGGGGAUCUGGCCCCCUCUGAGGCGGUCAACGGGCAGGCUGAAAGCCCCCAGGCUGGAGUGUCUACUGAACCCUGA